CGGACCGCUAGAGGGAGGAGGCGCUCGGCUGACGCUCUCCCCCUAGGCACAGGUUACGCGUGCGCGUCUGCACAUUCUGGUACCUUCUAGAAAAGCUGCAGGGGCUUGUUAGUGCGGCGAUCUAGGCAUCUAUGACCUUACGUCAUUCGAAGGCUUUUCCCUGAGUUAGUGUGGCUGCGGCCGGCGGCUUUCUGGGACGCCGUUGAGGAGAGGAGGGCAAGAUCUGUCCGAGGCUUUCGCUGCGAUUCUCCUCAGCGAUGGCGCUGCGGCUGCGGUUCUGGGAAUUGUUGCCGUUUUGCAGAAACCCCGGGUGUCGGGUGGCAGCGCUCUCGACCAGUGCUAAGCCAGCGGUGAAGCCUGAGGUGGACCCCGUGGGAAAUGAGGCUAUUGCCCCAGAGUUCACCAACCGGAACCCCCGGAAUCUGGAGCUCUUAGCUGUAGCCAGAAAAGAGCGGGGUUGGGGGACCGUGUGGCCCUCCCGUGAGUUCUGGCACAGGUUGCGAGUUAUAAGGAGUCAGCAUCAUAUAGAAGCACUUGUUGAGCAUCACAAUGGCCAGGUUGUGGUUUCAGCAUCCACUCGUGAAUGGGCCAUUAAAAAGCACCUUUAUAGCACCAAAAACGUGGUGGCUUGUGAGAGUGUAGGACGAGUGCUGGCACAGCGGUGCUUGGAAGCAGGAAUCAACUUCAUGGUCUACCAACCCACUCCUUGGGAGGCAGCGUCAGACUCGAUGAAACGACUACAGAUUGCCAUGAUAGAGGGUGGUGUGGUGCUACAGGAGCCUCGGAGAAUCUAUGAAUGAAGCAGAAGCAUUGUUUGGAGCUUGUAAAUGAAAGCUGUCAGCUCUUCAUUCAUCAUAAGAGAGCCUCUGGAAGAACUGCCAACUUGGACGUUUUAUACAAAAAUCUAACAGCAGAAUGUUAUUAGUUAAGGUUGUCUCCUUCAGUGUGUUUAUCUUAAAUUCAGGGCUGAAUUCUUCCCCUCUUGGACGUGAGAGAAGUAUCUGAGAAAAACUUGCUGAUUAUAAUUAACUUCUGAAGGACAAAUUAAAUUGUUGUUUAUAAGUUAAAGAAUAAAUGUAUAUUAUUAACUCUUA